CCAUUUGGUAGAUGCAUUUGAUUUGAUAUCUUCCACCAGGUUGGAUGAUGUUGGUGACACAACAAAAGACAUGAAAGAUAAUUAUGAUUCAAUUCAAGAGUAUCAUUAUGCUUACAACCUUAUUAUUCCAUAUAUAGAAUGGACAUUAUACAUGUUAACCAUUUAA